CGCCCCGUAGUAGCCAGCGAGCGGGGGAGCCGUGCGGGCGGCAGCGGACGCAGCCCUGCGCCAGCCGCGCCGCGGAGAUGCGCGUCCCCGCCGCCCUGUGAGCGCCGCCGGCGGAGACGGCGAGGGGAGCGGCGUCCCCCGCAGCAGCUCUGCCUGCCGGGGCGCCCGCAGCGCCCCGCUUCAGCGCACGGAAGAGGAAGGCGAGGGGAGGGGGCCCGGCGGAGGGUCCCGCGGCGGCCGAGCCUCCCCGUCGGGACUCCGGUGGCGAGGGGCGGAGGAGGCGUCGGCCGGAGCCGGAGCGGGGGGCGCUCGCCGCUGCCCCGGGAACGGGACAUGUCGUCGGCGGCGGUGGCGGCUGCUUCCCGCAGGCAGUCGUGCUACCUGUGCGACCUGCCCCGCAUGCCUUGGGCCAUGAUCUGGGACUUCACCGAGCCCGUCUGCCGGGGCUGCGUUAACUACGAGGGCGCCGACCGCGUGGAGUUCGUCAUCGACACGGCGCGGCAGCUGAAGCGGGCGCACGGCUGCUUCUCCGAGGGCCGGGCCCCGCCGCCGCCCCACUCCAAGCAGCCGCCGCUCUCUGCCAAGGAGCUCCUGGCGCAGCAGCAGCAGCUCGGCCACCCCGCGGCGGCGGAGGCGGCGGCGCGGCCCCCGCCGCAGCCCUUGGAGCGCUACUCGCUGACGGCCGAGCGGCCGCCGCCCCGCCUGGGUGCCGAAUACGGCGGCGGCCGGCAGGUGAACGGCAUCUUGGUGCCUAACGGCUUCCCCAAGCCCGAAGAGCCGCCCGAGCUCAACCGGCAGAGCCCCAACCCGCGGCGGACGCACGCUGUGCCGCCCACCCUGGUGCCAUUGGUGAACGGCGCCGGGCUCCCCGCCGCCAUCAGCGGCCUGAGCAGCCGCGCCGCCGCUGCUGCCGCCGCCUCGCUGGCCGCCAUCUCCGCCGCUCCAGCCCCGAUGGCCGUGCCCGUCCCCCAGCAGCCGACGGCGGCGGCGCAAGCGGCUGGGCAGGCAGCAGGGCAGCCCGGCGAGCUGGGGCACAAGCGCCCUGGCUCCGUUUCCUCUUCCUCAUCCUCCUCGGGCGGCGGUGGCAGCAGCGCGGCGGGGGAGCACGACAGCGGCGCCAAGGAGAAGCGGGGAUCGGCAGAGAGCCUGCCAGCAGCGGCGGCUGCAGAGCUGGCCGCCGAGGCCAAGGGCCGAGGGGGCAGCGAGGAAUGGCUGGCCAAGCCCAAGACGGUGCGGGACACGUUGCUGGCCCUGCACCAGCACGGCGGCCACGCCGUACCCCCUUUCGACAGCAAGUUCAAGAAGGAGCCAGGCAUGGCGGGCGGCAGGCUGCUGGGCUACGAGACCAACGGUGCCGUGGCCAAGCCAGGGGCCCGGGCCGCCCGGAAAAGGAAGCCUUCCCCCGAGCCGGAGGGCGAGGCGGGACCCCCGAAGAUAAACGGGGAGGUGCAGCCCUGGCUGCCCACCUCGUCGGAAGGGAUGAAGCUGCCGCUGACGGCCCCCCCUUUCAUGUCGCCCCCGCCGCCCACCGCCUCGCCCCACUCCAACCGGACCACGCCGCCCGAGGCGGCCCAGAACGGCCAAUCCCCCAUGGCCGCCCUCAUUUUGGUGGCGGACAAUGCCGGGGGCAACCACGCCUCCAAAGACGCCAACCAGGUCCACUCCACCACGCGGAGGAACAGCAGCAGCCCCCCCUCGCCCUCCGCCAUGAACCAAAGAAGGCUGGGCCCCGGCAGGGAGGUGCCCGGCCAGGGGGCCAACGCGGCUGGCGGGCUGGAGCCGGUCCACCCCGCCAGCCUGCCGGACUCGUCCCUCGCCGCCAGCGUCCCGUUGUGUUGUACCCUCUGCCACGAGCGCCUGGAGGACACCCACUUCGUGCAGUGCCCCUCCGUCCCGUCCCACAAGUUCUGCUUCCCCUGCUCCCGGCAGAGCAUCAAGCAGCAGGGCGCAAGCGGGGAGGUGUAUUGUCCCAGCGGGGAGAAGUGCCCCCUGGUCGGCUCCAACGUGCCAUGGGCCUUCAUGCAGGGGGAGAUCGCCACCAUCCUGGCCGGAGAUGUGAAAGUGAAAAAGGAGAGGGACUCGUGACUUGCCCGCUGUCGCUGCCCGACGUCACCUUGAACUCGAACUGCUCGAAUUCUGUAUAUAUCUAUAAAUAUAUAUAUAUAUAUCUCCAAGACAAGGGAAAUGUAGACUUCAUAAACAUGGCUGUAUAAUUUUGAUUUUUUUGAAUACAUUGUGUUUCUAUAUUUUUUGAAGACAAAAGGUAUGUACUUAUUAUAAAGGCAUUUCUUCUAAUUAUCCUUUUUUUGGGUUUUCUUUUUUCUUUCCUUUUUUUUUUUUCUUUUGCCCUUUUGUUAUAGCAACUAUUUGUUGUGCUUCCCUGGUGACAGUUACUGUUCAAUGUAGGCUGUGACUUGCGCUGCUUUUUUUAGAGCACUUGGCAAACCAGAAAUGCUUCUAGCUGUAUUUGUAUGCACUUGUUUCUUUUUUUUUCUUUUUCUCUUUUUUUUUUUCCUUUUUUUUUUUUUUUUUUAAUGCCAAAUACACUUUCUGACAUUGUAAAGAUUGCCUUACUGUCUGUGAUUCCUUAUUCCUGGUCCCUGUCCUGUAAAGCUGGUCGCAUGCAGCUUGGUCUGAGGCAGAUGGGGAGAAGAGUGGCUAGCCGAGGUGGGGAUGCUUUUUGCCACCCCGCCGGCCGGGCGAGCUUAGGGAGCAGGAGGGCUUUCUCCCAGAACUGCGCCGCGGCGGCUCCGGUUGCGAUGGCAGAGCCGCCACAUCCAGUCCCAAAUUCUUUCGUGUUUCCCAAGGGAAGUUGCCUCCGGAGUAGGGUGUGGAGAGGUGUCUGAGCGGCGCUGUUGAGUUAGGGAUUUCUGGGUUGGUUUGUUUUUGGUUUGGUGGUGUGGUUUUGUUUCUUUUUUGUUUUGGUUAUUUUUUUUCUAAAGGCAAAGUUGACCGCAGUCCACGUGAUCAGUUGUAAGAGUACAAAACUGCCUUUAUUCUCCAAUUGCAUACCAUAACGUGGAGUUUUUAUAAUGAACUUCAGUUACACGAUUGGCAAAGGCGCCAGCGUAGCACUUGUCAUCUGUGAAGGUCUUGAGUGUCACUUCUGGGGCUUUUGUGUCUUUGGAUGAAGCUGGGGAGGUGGGGGAGAGGCUGAUUUACUUUAUUUUUAUUAUUUUUUAUUUAAUUUUCAGAUAGUGCAGGUGGACUUUGAGUUUGCUUAUCAGUCACCUCGAGUGCUGUUGCUAUUGUUACUAUCGAUGACCCGGUAUUUCCAAGUAGUGGCAGGUACGGUGUGGUACAGUGACAGCGGUGACUGAGGCUCUGCCAGAUUGCCCGCGGACAUAUCAGUGACAGCCCAAAUGUGGGUGGAGGAAACCUGUAAUUUCCUUACUACGUGUGCUUAAAACAAACCUACUGCUAUUCUUUGAAAAUGAAAACAUAAACUGGUUGAAAUGAAAGCAAUUAGGGCUGCACAUAAUGGCCCUGGCCCUGCCUUUUAAGCUACUUUGGAGAACUCUUUUGUAAAGCCACUUCUUUUGAUCACUCUUCUGCAUCACCAAGCAGACUUCUAAAAUCAAUAAAUCAUUGGUUACUAGAAAUAGUUCGAGUCUUAUAGUGAUGUUUUCGUGCUGUUUAUAGUAUGUUGGCAAUGCUGCAGCUGUAUGAGCCCUUCUGUUGAGGUGUUUAUAACUUGGUUAUAAGUGGCUGUUCCUGAGCAAGAGGGUGGCGAGGUUGUCCCUUCCCGGGGAUGGACUAAUUAACACUUUCAGCAUCAGCAGAGGAGGAGGAGGAGGAGGAAAAAUCUGUUCAGCCGACUAUAAUUUGAAGCAUUUUGGGUGCUUUUUAGUCAACUGUUCUUAUUGUGAUAAUGUUCAGACUACAACUGAAUGCAGAGUAGAUCUUUUUUGGAAGACUACUUUUUUUUCUUUUUUUUUUUUUUU